AUGCCGGAAGAAGAGGGGCCAAGCUGCUUCUGGUGGCUGACGGUCGACAAGCCGGAGUCGGGCGAGGCCUUGCUUAGGACCACUGGCCAUUGGCAACACGGCCAAGGGCAAUCGCAACAACCUCAGGAAUCACAAAAGCAGCAGUGGCACAGGAGAUCUCUUCACCUAAGGCUGCAUGGUAAACCCGUGGGGCAAGCAGCAGUUCAGUCAUCGCAUCGAGGGGAGCAGCGCCAGUGGCAGAAGGAGCAGCGGCACAGGAAAUCUUUGCACUUCAAGGUGCACCGAGGAUCGCUGAACCCAGCAAAUGGUGAACAAUUGUUACAGCAGCAGAAACAGAAGAAGGAAACGCAGCGACACCGGCAAUCUGUGCACUUCCAGUUGCACUCUAGCUCUUCGGAAUCAGACGACAGCGACACGGAAGGACCAUUGGAAGAGCAGCAGAUGCAGCGGCAACGUAAGCCUGUGCGUUUACAGCUCCGUGUGGACCCACAAGAUUCCGACACAGACAUCCCUGUGGAGGCAGAGCAGCAGCAGCAGCAGCAACCCGGUGAUACUCCCGAGUUUAGCGACUCCGAAGAGAGCGACUGGAGCGACGGGGAGACGAGCAGAGAACAGGGGCCUUCAGCGGCAGAAGAUGAGGCCCCCGCACCUGUAAAUGGGCCCGUUGACUUGCGAAACCUCGAAGGAUCAUCCUUACCGGCGUCAGUUGUGAACAAAGCGAUUACAAAGAUCAACAAGAGAUAUGAAAAGUGCGGGGAGACAGCCAGGAAAAUGACACGCUCAGAGGAGGAACUCAUCAGCAGUGUCGUUAGUCGCUGGGAGCAGGCGGGUUUUCCACCUUUCAAGAUUGAAGGGAUGACAGUAAACCCAGAAGAGCAAGGAAUCAUGCUACACAACGAAGCCUUGACUCCUAAUCUGGUGAACGUUUUCUUGAAGGCCCUCGAGAUCAACAAGACACCGCUGACGACGCCAAAGUACAUGUGUUGCCUCAUAGCUCACGCCCACGAGCAAAUCAGUGAUUUUGAGAGGAGAAGACCAAAGCAGACAAGCCUGACUGUGGAGUUGGCUUCAAAACUUCUCUCCCCCGUUCUGUCCCCUGAAGACAACGAGGCUAUUCUGGAAGCAUUGGAGACCCGCGGGGUGCUGGAAGCCCAAGUAACUGUCUUGCCCUUACUGAGCGGCUCAACGCAUUAUUCAGCUCUCAUUCUGGACACCAUCACGGGCCCCAAUGCGGUGCUGUUCUUGCUUCGUUGGUUUGACCCUUUCGGAGAGCCAGGAAAGAUUCCAGUGCAGCACCUGCUCCCCCUGCUCAAGCGGCUUGCAGAGAAGCACGGCCUCAGGGUCUACAGCCUCUAUCGUACCAACUUUGAUUCCGAGCCGUCGAUCGCUGCUCAGUAUGACGAGAGAGACACAGGAGUCCUCUGCUGCAUGAUAGCAACACAGCUGGCUGAGGGGUGCUCACCCAUGGCAGAAGAAGGCGACGCCUUAUACUUCAGAAAACAAAUGCUUUUGAAGCUUGACUUCGCGAGCCGCUGGAAACGGGCGGCAUCUACAGAACGAGGCGGAAGUAAAAACUAA